AUGGGGAUGGCACCCACGGGUGCUGUGGGUCCGUGCUGCCCACGGUGGCAGUGCCAGCUUGGUGUUGGUGCCACAGGGAACCUGGAGGGCGAGGGUGGCGCGGCCGAGCGCGCGGUCGAGGACUCUUUCCUGCGCCGAUUCAUGUAUGGCACCUUCCCGGGGCUGUUGGCCGACGAGGUGGUACUGAAACGCCGCGGGAACCUGUUGGUCAUCUGUGCCCUCCUGGCACGGGCACUGCCCCCACACAAGAUCUACUUCCUCGUGGGCUACACCGAGACCCUCCUGAGCCACUUCUACAAGUGCCCCGUGCGCCUGGAGCUGCAGACGGUGCCAGGCAGAGUGGCCUACAAGUACCUGUAG